UGGCAUGGCCAAGGGGUAUGGCGCUGGAGUCGGCGUCGGCGUCGGCGUUGGCCCCGGUGGCGGCCAGGGACAGCGUGCGCUGCUUGGCAAUGCGCCGCCUCUGCCACCAGGCGGCCAUCGCGGCCAACCAGGCAGUGCUGGACAGCACGCGCAGCAUUUCGGCGGCGGCGGCGGUUCCGCGGGGUUCUCGGCGGGGGGCGGCUUCGGCGGCGGCGGCGGCGGCGGCAGCGGCGGCGGCGGCUAUGGGGGCGGCGGCGGCGGCGGCGGCGGCGGCGGCGGCUAUGGCGGCGGCGGCGGCGGCGGCGGCGGCUACGGUGGCGGAAACUAUGGUGGCCGCUUCGGUGACGGUAGCAACUAUGGCAGUGGCGGCAGUGGCAACGACUACGGUGGCGGCGGCGGAUUCUCUGGGCGAGGACGUCAGCAGCAGUGGGGCGGCGGGCUCGGAUCCGGCGGCGGCGGCGGUCUCUCCAUCGGAGACUUCCCAAAGGCGGCAGCGGAGUUCACUGCGGACGCGCCAGCCUUUGGACCUACCGGUUGGCAGGGCGGGGGCGGCGACGGCCGCG